CUCCAUUAUAAUACUUAAUCACAGAUCAAUACUAUCUAGAUCAUUCAUCAUAAUACUAGACUAUACAAAUCAAAAAUAAUCAAUACUUAGUCAAUCUAUAAUCAAAUGAUGUUCCUAUGUUUCAAACCAAAAUAAUUAAAAAUCCCACUGCUAGUCUUAUUGGCAAUUAUUGUCUUACAAGUAUUAUUCUAUUCAUAUACUUUUGAUUCAUCUAUCAUAGUGAUUCAUCAAGUUGAUCCAAUGUUUCCUCUUAUCAGAAUUCUCAAACACAAUUUUAUUCAUUUUUAACCUGAAUUCAUUAAAUAUGAAGACAUUUUCGACCGCCAAAAUACUUUUCAAGCAUAUUUAAGUCAAAACCAAUAUAUUAGAACUAAUAUCGAUAAUAUAAGCAAUGUUAAAUUUAUAGAUGAUUGUAUUUAUAUCUCUUAUCUAUCCAAGAAUUAUAUGUACAAUUUAACAAAAAUAGAUUAUUUGAAUUUCUAGAUCUCAAAUAUGAGAAUUUACUUAAAUAUAUGUUCUAAGAUUAAGUAUUCCAAUCGUAAUCCUGUCAUUCUAAAGUUAUUGAAGGUAACUACUACUUUAUAUAUUUAGAUAAUGAACUCUAAAAUUGUAAACUAUUCUAUGAAUAUAUUGGUAAAAAAUUAUUUUUAGAAUACUAUGAAUAUAAGCAAUCUUAAUUAUGUGAAAAAGUCUCUACAAUGACAUUCUCUACAUAAAUGUGCAUUUAAUUUACAUAAACUUUAUCUUUGAGUACUCAUUCACUUAAAGAAAAAAAUGAUACUUAAAAUUAGUUAGAUUUUACAAUGAUUUGA